CUGCACUGAUGAAAAAAGACCUCAACAGCACAUUACAAAUACAUUUGCUCCACCCAAAACGUUACUUUAACUGCAAACGCACACUGUGAGCUCUGAGAUCUCACAUCACCCUCUUCUCAUUUCCUUAACUUUAUACUUGAAUUUAACAGUGCAUGACAAGAUCUAAGGCUGCCAGAUCAACAUGCCAUCUCAAGUUGCACAGACGGUCUUGCGACUGGAUGCCGAAUCAGUCCGGGCGCUGAAAGAUGGAAUAAAUUUUCAGAAAAACCCAGAGGAUGGGAAAUGUUACAUCAUUUACAAAGAAAAAGACAAACUCCGUGCGUGCAGGAACCAGUGCAAGCACCAGGGUGGACUCUUCAUUAAAGACAUUGAGGAUAUUAAUGGCAGAACAGUGCGCUGUACCAAACACUACUGGAAACUUAACGUGGCCACAAUGGAGUACGUGAACCCUCCUGACAGUUUCAUGCAGGAUGAACUUGAGGUGUUAUCAGAUACAGAUGGUGGUUUACAGCUGGUGGAGCUGAAUCCUCCAGAUCCUUGGACUUUGGAACCCAGAGAACAACAAAAGCUACAAGUCAGCGAGUUCACGUUGACGUACAUUACGCACGCAUGCAUGGAGCUUAAAGCCGGGAAUAAGCGGAUGAUGUUUGACCCAUGGCUGACGGGUCCGGCGUUUGCCAGAGGAUGGUGGCUUUUACACGAGCCUCCGACUGAUGCGAUGGAGAGACUCUGUCAGGCUGAUCUGAUUUACAUCAGCCACAUGCACUCGGAUCAUCUCAGCUACCCCACAUUGAAACUUCUUGCCGAAAAGCGGCCAGAUAUUCCCAUUUAUGUUGGAGACACCUCACGGCCGGUGUUCUGGUAUCUGGGGAAAAGUGGCGUGAAUUUAACAAACAUCAACGUCGUGCCGUUUGGUGUAUGGCAGAAUGUCGAUGAAAACCUGCGAUUUAUGAUUCUUAUGGAUGGAGUUCAUCCUGAGAUGGAUACCUGCUUAAUCGUGGAAUAUAAAGGUCACAUGAUACUGAAUACAGUCGACUGCACCAGACCAAACAACGGACGUCUGCCACACGGUGUCGACUUAAUGAUGAGUGACUUCGCCGGUGGUGCAUCUGGAUUUCCAAUGACAUUUCAUGGCGGCAAAUACACAGAAAGCUGGAAGAGUGAUUUCAUUAAGAACGAAAGGAAGAAACUGUUAAACUAUAAGACACAGCUGGUGAAAUCCCUACAGCCCAAGAUCUACUGUCCAUUCGCUGGUUACUUCACUGAAGCUCACCCUUCAGACAGGUACAUAAAGGAGACAAACAUCAAGAACAAUCCAGUAGACCUGAACGAAUCCAUAAGGAAGAGAUGCCCAAAUACCUUAACCUGGACUCCUUUACCUGGUUCUGUGCUGGAUUUGGCCCUCGCUCUGGCUGACAAAUCCAACAGGAAUGCCAUCACUGAAACGCCAAAUGGUUCAAAGAUCUAUAAGGACAGUUGGGACUUUGACUUGUAUUUGGAUGAGCUGAAUGCUACCAUUUCAGCUGAUAUCUUUAAAUACAAAAGCUGGAUCCAGUAUUAUUAUAACUGGGCGGGAUUUAAAGGCUACAAUCUAGUCAUUCGGGUUAUUGAGACCGAUGAUGAUUUCAAUCCAUUGGAUGGUGGUUACGAUUACCUUGUGGACUUCAUGGAUCUUUCAUUUCCAGAUAAAAGACCAGAGAGAGAUCACUCAUAUGAGGAGAUUAAAAACAGAGUGGGGGUGAUGAGACACGUUGUUCUGAAUGGGCGAUUAUGGGACGAUCUGUACAUCGGCUUCAAUAACAGAAUGAGUCGAGAUCCUGAUGUUUACCACCACAAGUUCUGGAAUCAUUUUCAGACAGAACUACCAUUAUUAGCGCCAGACUGGGACCAUUUCCUACAAACGGUCUCUGAAACAGACCAGAUAUAGGACAGCAGUGGCGCCUGUGUGCAAGUAUGGAUUAAGAACUGAGAGUCCUAUGGGCCGGUACACUAUGGAGGCCCCCCAUGACGUAUCAUGUGACUACAUUCACCUUUAUGCGCUACAGGACACUUGUGAGAUUUGGUUGGAUUUUUCAAAUUGAAGGAAGAAAUGUUUUGAGCAAUGCCUUACACGGCCAAUUAUAUGUACUUUAUGAACUGAUCCAAAAUCAUGCGUUAUUAGUCCUUCAUACUGUUGCACGAAUUCUGUCGCUUAUAUUAAUUUAAAUUAUCAGCUUUGUACACAGCCAGGGUAAACUGCACCUUAUCUUUGUGUCUGGAAGCGUUUUGUAAAUCAUUUCUCUGUAAUCCCUGAGCGCGCACUCGUGUGUCUGUGCUCGCGCUGCUGUCGUCCAGCACGCAUUCGGCCGAACAAAUGGUAUUUCACAUAAGGCUGACAUUUACGUGGAUUUAUAAUAGAUAUCUAAAAAUAAAUUAAUAAUUGAUUUAGAGCUCGGGGCCCUUUGGGUUUAGAGGCCCCUGGGCAAUGGCCCAAUUGGCCCUGUGGUUAAUCCAUCCCUGCCUGUGUGCUGCGUUAAUACAAAACAUUUUUUGCAUCAAAGUCGAGUCAUUUUUCUAGCAAACAAAGGUUGAAAUGGCAUGUUAUAAUGUUUUAUGAGUGGCUGAGUGGUUAGCUUAGUGAACUGCUUGUGUUUUGAUGAGAAAAAUUUAACUUGAAAUUUCUGAUUAGUUUCAAAUGGAAGAUUAUUUAUUGAUUACUAUUUAUACUGUAUGAUUUAUUAAGAUUACUGGCAAUGCUGCAUAAUGAUGUGUGUGUGUGUGUAUAUAUAUAUAUAUAUAUAUUGUA